AUGGCGCUGGUGAUGGCGCUGCUUGGAUCCGUGUUCACAAUGCUCGUGGCCUUGAUACUCCCAUGUGCAUGCUACCUCUCCAUCAAGAAGGGCGCAGUGCCCUUGUGGGAGAUCAUCCUGGGCGUGUCGCUGUCGAGGGACCUGAUGGCGGUGGCGGGCGACGCGCUCAAGACGAACAUAAGGACGUUGGGCCCGCUGGUGCUGCCGUUGUCGGAGCAGCUGCUGUUCAUGGCGACACUGGUCGCCAAGAAGCUGCUCACAAUGAAGAAGGUGAAGCCGUACAUCCCGGACUUCAAACUGGCGUUCAAGCACUUCUGCAUCCACGCCAGCGGCCGCGCCGUGCUGGACGAGCUAGAGAGCAACCUGGCGCUCACGGACUGGCACAUGGAGCCGUCGCGGAUGACGCUUCACCGGUUCGGGAACACGUCCAGCAGCUCGCUCUGGUACGAGCUGGCCUACAACGAGGCCGAGGGGAGCAUCCGGCGCUGCCACCGGGUGUGGCAGAUCGCGUUCGAGUCAGGGUUCAAGUGCAACAGCGCCGUGUGGAGGGCGCUCCGGUCGGUGAACCCGGCAGAGGAGACGAACCCGUGGAUGGACGAGAUCGACAGGUUUCCCGUGGAUGUUCCCAAGGUCUCUAAGGUUUCAAGCGACUGAAAUGCAUUGCUUGCGUGAAUGAUGGAGCUUGCAAUUGUUUGAUAGAAGAUCUGGUUGGAAUUUUUCAUAGUUCAUUACUAUAUAGUUGUAGGAGAUAGGAAAGGCGAUCGACUUCUCUAAGCUUGAAUUAUACAUCUGUUCAUGUUGUUUCUG